GGGAGGCGGGAGAGCCGAGAGCUAAAGCGGCGUCGUCGGCCACCCGCCUUUCCAGUCACAACCAGCCCUCCGUCCCCUCUUCUCGGCCUGGCACCAUGGCGUUUCCGUUUGGGACCAAGAAGAGAUACAAACCCCCACUGUGGGUCAUCCCGGUCAGCGCCUCUUCCCCCGUCUCUACUCAAGACGUCGGCGGGGGCUUCCCUCCGCCCAAACACGAUCCCUUCGACUUCAAUGAAGACUUUACGGAGGCCGACUUGGAGGAAAUCGACAUGAUCGCCUCCCAGGCUUUAGCCCAGGGCCCAAACGAGCCGGCGCCCCGGUCGAAAAACGCCUCCGCUGCCAUGGGCAGCGCAGGGCCGGACCAGCUCGCAGGAAAAGGAGAGAAUGAGGUUAAAGAUAAUUUUGGAUUCAAGGUACUUCACGAACAGCAGGAUGAGCUUAAACUGAAGCUGAAGGCAAUGCAAGAUGAAAUUCUUCUCAAAAACGGAGAAAUUAAAAUCUUACGAGAAUCCUUGACACACUCCAAUUCCAGGAUAGAAGAACAGAGAAGAGCACAUUUGCUUUAUGAGAAGGAGACUACUCGGUACCUAAGUGACAAAGAGAAAGAAUUCUCCAGGAAGUUACUGUCAUUGCAGACUGAACUACAUUUUAAAGAUGCUGAGAUGAAUGAAUUAAAACUAACUCUUCAAGCCAAGGAACAUAUGAAAAAGACUGCUGUUCAGGCCCCUUCACUUGUCAGGAAGAGUCCCAUCGGGGAUAUGAAGAAGGAAGCUGGUCCCAUCGGGGAUAUGAAGAAGGAAGCUGGUUCGGCAAAGCCGGAAAAAAUCGUUUUUCCGACAAAGGAAUCCUUCAGUAGAAGUUUGUCCCUAAAGCGGCCCCAUCCUGCAGCCCAGCCCUGUGUUCCGGCUCCAAGGAGCAAGGAUAGGAAGGUGGCACCCACUGACCAUUCUCUAAAUGCUAAUGAUAAUACGGCACCAGUACGUGGAAGUGGCUUUGUGAAGCAGGAGUUGAAGCAGAAAAGUUUUACCCACAGCUGGCUUCAGAGACAAACCAGUCGAGGUUCCAUUCUGAUAAACGCCCUUCUGAAGCAGCCUCUGGCCCCAGGGUCAACACUAGGGCUCUCUCAUCUCUUGGGCAGCAAUUCUGAGACCUCUCCUGGUGCUAUCUUGCAGCUACACUUGCUUGGCAGCACUUCUCCGGGGAUGUCGAGCGCCAGAACCGCAUACUCCAGGGAAGGGUUGUUCUCAAUCACGUCUCUGAGAGCCGCCCAAAACCUCGCCAAGACGGGACUGAACAUGGUCGCGAUGGACGAGGGCCAGACGGACCAAGACCUGGUGGAGAGCAAGGGAAGUAUUUUCCGUUUCGGCAGACCCUGUAAAUUCCCAGGGGCCGUGUACCUCCUCCCGCUGGUGGAGUAUUACGUGGACUUGUACUGCCAAACCCUGCAGGCGGAGGUGUCAGCGACAGGAAACGGUACUUCAGGCAACCAGUCCGGGGACUCGUCCCGAGUGAAUGUCGAGCAACGGUCCCAAACGGAUGACUUCCUCUCUGCUCUGGAAGGCUUCACAGUGGCGGCCCUCGGCGUCCUCUACUACUUAGUGUGUUACAGCGGGGAUGUCGUCCGCAGUUUGCUCUCCGUGGAAGGGGAGCGAGACCCAGCUCUCCGGGAGGCCCUGCCCGUAGAAAGGGACGGCUGUCUCGGGGGCAGAAAUCCUCUCGGGGAGAUGGCGGGAGCCUCUUCGGAGCAGGAGCAGGCGCAGGAGCAAGCAAAGGAAGGAGCACAGGCACAAGCUGUUGUGGAGGAGCGGCCCUACCCGCCCUUAUUUAAGAAACUCCUUCAGUUGUUCUCUUUAUCUUCCUCGUCACCAGAGACCCUCAAAAUGGAUAUCGUGAACCAGUAUCUGAAGAUUUUGGUGAAAUUAGCUGAAAAUUCGACCGCUGAUUUAUUGCCCAGGUUCCGGUCUGUGCUGAGUGACCAGGUGCUGCCCUAUUGUCUCCGCGCUACGACUCCUCUCUCAGCGGUCCAUUGGCUGGUUCAGCUCCUGGCCCUCUUGAUUGACCAUGAAGAUCUGGCCCUUCGACUUUGUUCCCUGUCAGAAACCUGCCCUCUCCUCCUGCUGUAUCUGUACGUCACUUCCAGGCCAGAUAAAUCAGCCACUGAGACCCUUUGGCUUCAUCUGGAGCAAGAGGUGGUUCAGUUCCUGGCUAAGCUGUGUGUGCUGGAUGUGGGCUCACCUGCUGUCUUGGUGGGUUCCAGGUGCCAAUGCAAGCAUGAAGUUAUCAAAACCCUUGUGGUGAUGUUACAUAGACAGUGGCUGACGGUGCGGCGGGCGAUAGGUAAACUCUGCAAACAAAGGCAGCGGACCGUUCAGUGUCUCCGCGAUACGCUGUUGCUGCUGCACACUCUGUCCCAGAGAGACAGGUACUUCCAUGAACACUGCCUGGAGGUUCUGCAUCAGUAUGACCAGGUGCUGCUCGGCAUCCGCACCCUCUUCAGAAGCCUCCCGGACCUGACGGGCUGCGAAGAGAUGGCUUUAGAAGAGCUCUGUCCUGUUGAGCCAGACAUGGAAGAUGUGGUUAAUCAAGAAAUGGACUGUAGUUAACCUGGCCAAGUUCUCGUGCUGUUCUGUUUAUUGCCAGUGGAGUUAAUUCCCAGCCUCAGAGAGGAGUUUUAUAAAGGAAUUUUAGCAUCAGCACUAACUGCACAGACUUUUAGCAUGUUACCCUACUUUGUUACUUUCUAUUUUCUCAUUUCCAUCUUAGUAUUCUUGAUGAAUUAGAGGUCUUUUUUGAACUUUGGAAUUGGAGGGUUGGGAAGAAGAGGUAUUGGGCUAGUUUUUUGUUUUAAUUAAAAAAAAAAAAAUCAAGACCUGAAA